AUGCCCAAACGAAGUCGCGCAGAACCUGUCGAAACCUACGAUUCGGAUGGUGGGUUCGUAUCUGAUGACGAUAAUACAGCUCGCAAGUCCAAAAAAUCCAAAACCACAAAACCCACCACAACAAGCAAAGCCACCUCUUCCUCCUCUUCUUCAACCACUCCCUCAUGGGACCUCUCAACCGGCCGCACACCCCGUAAAAUCGAGCUUUCAGAUUUCAAAGGUCAAACCCUCAUUAACAUCCGCGAAUUCUACGAGAAAGAUGGAAAUCUUUUGCCGGGAAAGAAGGGCAUCUCCCUAACCAUCGACCAAUACAAAAACUUCCUCCAAUCUAUCCCCCAAAUAAACGCCAAUCUCAAGAAAAAAGGUAUUGAAAUUACACCUGAAGAAGAGGAGAAAGUCGAAGAAAACGAAGAUCUAGAAGAAGAUGAAGAUGAGGAAGAAGAAGAAGCAGUAGAAACAGACUCAUCAGCCGACAAAAAAUCCAAGAACAAAAACAAGAAUAAGAAUAAGAAUAAGCAAAUCAAAUCAGCAGCAGCAACAGCGCAAAAGGGAAAGAAGAGCAAAAAAGAAAAUAUUGAAGCUACGAGUGAUGAGGAUGAGUGA